AUGGUGAGAGCUUGGCUCAAUCCCAUCUUGCCACCAAUAAUUGAAGAGGUACCACAUCUAAACACCAUUUAGCUUAUGAAUGUGGUACAAGUGAAGGCCAUACAUGAGGCUCUUAGGAAAUUACUCUUUGUAGAGGCAAUUAUCAACUCCACUCUGAUGAAGACAUUGGUAGACUUAGGGGCCACUCAUAACUUUCUAUCAGAGAAAGAAGCCCAUUGCCUUGGGUUGAGCUGGGUUUGCACUAAUAAUCAGAUCAAGGCUAUCAACUCUAAAGCCUAAACUUCAGUGAGACUGACCCAACACGUGAAGACACAUAUGGGUAUAUGGGAAGACUAGUUGGACUUCUUCAUGCUACGAAUAGAUGAUUUUAAUGUCAUUCUUGGGGUUGAUUUCAUGACCAAAGCAAAAGCAAAAAUAUUCCUCCACUUCAUGGCAUAUUGA